UGUCCAGGUCUCCGUUCACUGGUGUUCUGCUUUACUAUAAAUAGAUGAAUGUAACGUUGCUUAUAAAGCCGAGCUUCGUUUUAGUCAGAAAUCCUCUUGAAUCUCUGGAGCUGUGUUGAGGACGCUGACAAAUCUGAGAGAUUUUUAGCAAAAUGAAGAUUUUUAUUGUCUUUGUCCUUAUUACACUGGACUUCAGUGCAUGUGAUGCAACAUCUACAAAAAAAUGCCCAGACGGUUGGACAGGAUUUGGGAGAAAGUGCUAUAAAUAUGUGUCUGACGUCAAGUCCUGGGCCGAAGCCGAGCGGUAUUGUCAGGGUUUGGGAGGAAACCUUGCAUCAGUACACAGCAACCAAACUCAGUCUCUCCUUAAGAGAAUGGGGAAAAUGUCCGGCAGCUACAAACGCACCUGGAUCGGAGCUCAGGAUGCAACUCAGGAUUCCUGGUGGCUGUGGAGCGACGGCUCAGUGUUUGAUUUUAGCGCGUGGCAUUCAGGAGAGCCGAAUCACGCAGGACAACAAGAACACUGCGUAGAGAUGAAUUACGGAGAUGAAGUCCUGUGGAACGACGCCAAGUGCAACACGAAACUUUUCUUUGUGUGUCAGAAAGCAGCAAACAUCCCAAACAACUGUAGGAGUGUAUAACUGCUUAUAACUGAUUAUAACUGCUUAUAACUGCUUAUAACUGCUUAUAACUGAUUAUAACUGCUUAUAACUGCUCAUAACUUCUUUUUACGCAGAUUAUUUCUUCUUAUUUUCAGUCACAACCAUUGAAAGCAUUAGUCACAAUAAAGAUGAAUUAUGAAGCCUGA